AUGGAUACAGAGUUUCCAGGUGUUUCCACAGCGAUGGAUUUUCAACAUGAGCGACCCGCGAAGAAGAACGGGAUACCUGACAGAUGGCUCAAUUACACCGCCGUCGGGAAAAGGCUCCGCGGGACUCGAUUCAUCGCCUUCAAAGUUCCUCUGAAGCAGGCUCUGACCCACCAGCUGCCGUCCUCGGACGUGUUCGGUCCCUGGGAGCUGCUGGACGCUCUGACCAAAGAGGAGGAGGAGCUCGGUCUGAUCAUCGACCUGACCCUUCACCACCCGCUACUACAAAGUGAGGACAUUCCCAGCUCCCUGCUGUGUGUGAAGAUCUUCACGCAAGGUCACGAGGUUCCCAGCGACAAUACAAUCCUGAGCUUCAAGCGUGCCGUGCGCAGGUUCCUGCGAGAGAACGAGGAUAACGAUAAGCUGAUCGGAGUCCACUGCACCCACGGCCUGAACCGCACCGGCUACCUGAUCUGCAGGUACGUAUCUGAUCGAUGGGAUGGGAUGGAUCCUAAAGAGGCCGUGGAGCUGUUUAACUCGGCUCGAGGUCACGCCAUGGAGAGACAGAACUACCUGCAGGACCUUCAGCACGGACCGAGGAGGAGGUGAUGCUGCAGAGGUCACCGCAGGCGUCUGCAGGGUCUGCAGAGGUCACUGCAGGCGUCUGCAGGGUCUGCAGAGGUCACUGCAGGUGUCUGCAGAGGUCACUGCAGGCAUCUGCAGAGGCACAUGCAUGUUUGGGGGGUUGAAGCCUUAUUAGAAAUGAACACACACACACAAAUGAACAAAUAUAAUCGAGAGUCAAAUAUUCCAAAAGUACAAAGAAAUCAAUAUUGAAAAAAAUGAAUGUUAGAAAAAUGCUUUAUUUAAUAUAAUAUUUAGUAAGUUUAAAAGGCUGGAAAUAAAAAUCCCUGCUCAGAACCAGA